AUGUCACUGCAGCCUCUCCUCUUAGUGCUGGGAAUCACAACAGCUUCUGUUGUUACGGCUCAAGGAUCAUGGAGGAAAGACAGAGAGUCGGGCCCUGCUGUUUACAAUUCUGAGGACACCUAUGAAUGGACCACAUGGUUCAACGUUGAUCACCCUGGAGGCCGUGGAGACUACGAGCAGCUGGAAGCCAUUCGCUUCUAUUAUCGUGCACGAGUCUGUGAUACUCCGCGAGCUCUCGAAGCCAGAACCACUGAUUGGAUCCCUGCCCGGGACACAGGGGAGAAGGUCCACGCAGACCCCACCGUGGGCUUCUGGUGCCUCAAUGAGGAGCAGGGUCCCGGACGUAACUGUUCCAACUAUGCAGUCCGCUUCCUCUGCCCCAAAGAUAACAGUGUGACUAUUCAGGGGACCUGGGGUCCAUGGUCAGACUGGAGCCCGUGCCCUGCCCUCUGUGGUCAGGUGGGGGUCCAGGUACGCUCCAGAACCUGCCAGUCCCAUUCUCUCCCCUGCAGUGGUCCUAAAGUAGAGGGGAAAGCGUGCACCGGACCUGAGUGCCCUAAGUCAGAUUGCUCCCUGCAGUGUGUGAUGGGAAGGGUGAAUGCUGAGUGUGAUGCCUGCAUGUGUCAGGAACACACUGUGCUGGGCUCUGUCCGCAGUGCAGGGGGUCUCAAGGCUGUUGGGGCAGCCAUCCUCCACUCUGACAAACUCCUUACACUCACCGACCACAACGGACACUUCCGCAUCCCUGGCCUCUGCCCAGAUGGCAACACCACCCUGACAGUCAGCCUACAGGGUCACGCCCCCCAUAACGUCCUUGUGCCCCAUAGCACUGAACACACCUCUGUCAUCAGUGUCCAGCUGAAAAGAGCAGAGAAGCUUCAUGUUUUGAACAACCCGGAGACCAAGGCCAGGAGGGAGGGGCAGAUAGCUGCCUUCUGCUGCAAAGUGGCAGGAACCCCCAAGCCAGAUGAGUACCAAUGGUUUCAUAACAACACUCUCCUGGAGCAGCAGUCUGACAGCACACUGGUCCUGAAGGAUGUACGUCCUGAGCAUGCUGGGGAGUACUACUGCAGAGCCAGUGGCCCAUCUGGAGCCAUCAAGACCAAACCAGCCACUCUAACUGUCAUAGGUAAACAUGAGCCUUCAUGUAACCCCAAGCCUGAAUCCCAUCUCAUCCGUCUUCCUCACGACUGCUAUCAAAACAGCACAAACUCAUUUUAUUAUGAUGUGGGCAAAUGCCCUACAGCCACAUGUGCUGGACAGUUGGACAGUGGCAUUAGGUGUAAGGACAGCAUAGCUUAUUGUUGUGGGGUGACAAAGAUGGAGGAGAGGCAGCUGACAUGUCAAGGCUACCAACUGCCCACCAUGGUGGUGAUGGAGUGUGGCUGCCAGAAAUGUGUGGACACCAAAGCUAUUGUACGAGGCAGAGCCAUCGCUGCAGACACUGGCGAGCCAAUGAGGUUUGGUCAUAUCUUCCUGAAUGGAGUGAGAGUCAGUCGCACGGGGUACAAAGGCACCUUCUCCAUCCAGGUCCCUCCAGACACAGAGAGGCUAGUCCUGACUUUUGUGGACAACAUGCAGAAAUUCGUCAACACCACAAAGGUACUUCCAUUUAACACCAGAGGAGGUGCUGUCUAUCAUGAGAUCAAACUUCUCAGGAAGAAACCUCCAGUGACCCUCAGCUCCACAGAAAACAACACUCUGCAGCUAGGGGAGAUAGAGGGCCAGGACCCCAUGGUUCAAAUUGAGAUUCCUCCUCAUUCCUUCUACAAACAAAAUGGAGAAGUCUUUGUGGGUGAUGUCCAGGCAAGUGUAACUUUUCUGGACCCCAGAGAUGUCUCCACAGCUGCAACAGCUCAAAGUGAUCUCAGUUUUGUAGGAAACGAGGGUGAUACCCUUCCACUGAGAACCUAUGGCAUGUUUUCAGUCGAUUUCAGUGGUGAGGAAACAGGUGAGCCUUUGAACGCAGGUGAGGUCAAGGUGUUCCUAGACUCUGCCCAGGUGAAGAUGCCUGAGCAUCUCGACAUCAUGAAGCUUUGGUCACUGAACCCUGACACUGGCCUUUGGGAAGAGGAGGGAAGCCUGCAGAUGGAGAGGAAAAGAAGGGGGAAGAGAGAAGAGAGAACCUUUCUGAUUGGUAACAUGGAGAUUAGAGAAAGACGCCUAUUUAACCUAGAUGUUCCAGAGAACCGGAGGUGUUAUGUGAAAGUGAGAGCCUUCCGCAGUGAACGCUUCAUGCCCAGUGAGCAGGUGGAGGGAGUUGUAGUCAGUCUCAUUAACAUGGAGCCCACUCCUGGCUACUCAUCUAACCCACGUGCCUGGGGUCGUUUUGAUAGUGUCAUCACAGGCCCCAACGGUGCCUGUCUUCCUGCCUUCUGUGAUGAUCAGAAAGCCGAUGCUUACUCUGCAUAUGUCAUGGCAAACCUGGGUGGAGAGGAGCUGGAGGCUGUCCCAUCUGCCCCAAAACUCAAUCCCAACCUUGUUGGAGUCCCGCAACCCUACCUGGGAAAGCUGAACUAUAGGCGGACCGACCAUGAUGACCCCAGAGUGAAGAAGACAGCAUUCAGCAUCAAUGUUGCAAAACCAAGCCCCAACACGGCUGAGGAAGGCAAUGGACCAGUGUAUCCAUUUGAGAACUUGAAAGAAUGUGAAGAGGCUCCAUUCAGCGCAGCACACUUCCGGUUCUCCAGGGUAGAAGGAGACCGCUAUGACUACAACACAGUACCGUUUAAUGAGGAUGACCCGAUGAGUUGGACAGAGGACUACCUGAGUUGGUGGCCUAAGCCCAUGGAAUACCGAGCCUGCUACAUAAAAGUCAAAAUCAAUAGCCCACAUGAGAUCAAUGUGCGUUCCCGCAACAUGGGCGGCACCCACCCCAAGACAGUGGGCCAACUGUACGGUCUCCGUGACACCCGCAGCAUCCGCGACAUGGACCAGACAACUAUGUCAGCUGUGUGUCUGGAGUUCAAGUGCAGCGGGAUGCUGUACGAUCAAGAUCGAGUGGAUCGAACCCUGGUGAAGGUGAUUCCUCAAGGAAGCUGUAAGAGAGACAGUGUUAACGCCAUGCUUCAGGAGUACCUAGUCAACCACCUGCCCCUUGCAGUCAACAAUGACACCAACGAGUUCACCAUGCUGGCGCCCCUUGAUCCUCUAGGCCACAACUAUGGAAUCUACACAGUGACAGAUCAGGACCCCCGCACAGCCAAAGAGAUUGCACUUGGACGCUGCUUUGACGGCACUUCUGAUGGUACCUCUCGUGUCAUGAAGAGCAACGAGGGUGUGGCGCUGACAUUCACAUGUGCAGAUCAUGAAGUGACACGCCAGAGUGUGUUCCAGGCCCUGCCGAACGCCCAGGGACAGUCAGUAACAAGUGUGGUGAGGGGAGAUUCCAGGCAGAAUCGACGCCGGCAGAGGGGAGGAGGGGCCAAUGCACUCCGUAGCAGUCGUAGACGCAGCACCAGGAAUCCUUUGGGAGGACGCACACAGAUCACAAACUAG